AUGGCCAGUGAAGUCUCAGAUACCCCAUUUCACAACACCGCGAACAAAAUGGGGCCCAGAACUUUUCUGACCACUGACCUGAGACACCUGAACAAGCCCCGCACCCUAGAGCCCGGUGAAACCCUCAUUAUCCGGUACAAGAAUUCCCUUCGGCAGUACAAAUCCGACGUCUGGAUUGGCGUAGUUUUGCCAGACCAAUUCGGCCCAACCAGACACAUCUCUCGCCGCCCUGUUGGUGCCCAGCCGAUUGAAGGUGAGUGGAUGACACACCCGAAAGACCGGAUGUAUUCCGUGUACCUUCCGGGGCGAAAUAUGUACAAAUGGGUCGGACUCCAGGAUAUCUUUGUCCUCAACGAGAAGACAGUCAACGUUCUUCGACGCGCCGGGAGGGAGCCAGACGCUAAGAUCUGGGACGAUCUUAUAGACAUUAUCCGAACUGAGCCCGGGCUCGACUUCUGGAAGAACAUGUCUCUCCAGGAACUAGGUGCCAAAGGAAAACGAGGCAAGGAACUCCGUCUCGUGUUACCGAGUGGCCAUGAAGACCUUGUCUCCGGCGGAGAAAGCCAUGGUGACGACGAGCUCGAGGAAGAUGAAGAUGAACAUAAAGAAGUUCCAUCAGAUAACAUGGAGCCUAGUACUGAUAUUGCAUCUCGCUCAUCUAAUGAGCAAACAACUAUCAGAUCAUUUUCUGACGCGCGUGCUGCACAGGGUGUUCAGUUCAGGCAGACAUUGAAAUUGCUUCAAGGUGCCCACUCCACUGCAUCUCCAUCAGAAAAAACCACUUUUGCAGACAGAGAGGGUUCUAGUUUAGGGAUGACACGGAAAUUCAACCCGUGUCCCCCUCUGAUGCCUCCCACUUCUUCUCCUUCUCUCCCAACCUCAUCGGUGUUCAUUACCCCACCAACCAGCAUGACUCAAGGCACCGUGCCUAAGGUUGAGAGUGAUACUAGUGCUAGUGGUAUUGCUUCAAAUGUGGCACCCCAGCAACCCGUUGCAGAGUUCUCAAUCUUUGAUUUGACCCUCAGCCAAGCUCUGAACCACGUAUUCCUGAAUCAAAACGAGGCCGCCAAGAUCACCGAUGUGUUUCUCGGCGCGGUGGCCCUCGAAAGACAGCCCGAACGCCUGCAGAUUCGUGAAUACUUAGCGGAUGGCGAAUUCCUCCCUCGCCUGAUCACACUGAAAAGCUCAGGAUUCUCUCAUCCCACUCCAUUCCCAGCUCUGGAUUCCAACAGCAGCACCACCUUCCGCCUGGUUGGCGACCAAAUGGGAAUUGGUCAAAGCUUCAAACUCCAGGGCGUGAGCAAUAGUCUCGAUCUGGAAAAUGCCAUUACCACCCUCGGAAAAGUGUACCUUCAAGCCCGCCGUUUUGGCCUGAUGGAUUUGGUUUAUCGAAUUACAUUCAAGCUCCAAGUCGCCUGGAACUGCUACCCAGAGCUAUACCAAUCCAAACCUCUUCUCGAAGUUGCCUAUCUUGCCUUCUCUGGCUGGACAGAGUUUGAUGAGGCUAAAUGCGACUACCUCCAGUCAUGGCUCAUUCACUUCAUUGCUGAGGCAUCCGAUUUGCUCACAUACAAUGCCAGCGAGCAGUUCUGGUCGUUGUUGCGAUCCCAUCCAAAGCUUCAAGACAAAGUUCUCAAUCUUCGCACCCUCGCUCACGUCCAUAACCCGGAGUUGUAUGGCAAUACCCGUGCUCUCCUUGAGAGUCGCGGUCUGGGAAACUAA